CUGGAUCACUGAUCGGGUGAUUAUGAUCAAAACUAACAUAUUUGCCGAGUAAAUUAACCUAUCCAAACUAGGUUUAAUAACCAUGCACACAUCCAUAAAUACAAUUUCACCGAAACGUGUCUAGAGCAUCGGCAAGAAAAAAUUAUAUGUGAAAAAAGAGAAAACAAGCUGUAGCUCUAAUAAUCUGUUAGUUACAGCAGUCCAGACAUGUUUAAGCAGCAGCAGCAGCGACAAGCGGGUGCUGUUGCCUUUAGUGGCAGUACUUGACAAUUGUGUCCAUGAUUUUGCCAACUGACCAAUUAUCUCCAUAACAAUAUUAUCGCUAUUUAUUUCACAGUUGAGUCUGUUGGUUAAAGCACUAGUCACCUUGCAUCUCUCGCAUCUCCUCCAUAGCAGCUGCUAAGAAAAGAAAGACACCAUGAAUCCUUAUGUUCCUGAUUUUGAAAUGGACGAUGAUUACUCUCUCCCACCUCCUCCUUCAACCCAUACUCGCCCCAGAAAACCAGCCAUGCAGGAAGAAGAGAUCAUGGAGCUACUAUGGCAGAACGGCCAAGUAGUGAUGCAUAGUCAAAGAUCUCAAAAGAAAUCAUCUCCUCCACCGUCCGAGUUGGAUGAUGCGGUGCUCCCAGCUGAUCAAUUACCUGGUACUAAAGAGAUCCGAUCAUCACAUGAUCAACAACAAGAACAUCACCAUCUUUUUAUGCAAGAAGAUGAGAUGGCUUCUUGGCUUAAUCAUCCUCUAAACGACACCAAUUUCGACCAUGAUUUCUGCGCCGAUUUGCUAUAUCCUCCGACAGCUUCCACCGCUUCCAUCACCAGGGAAGCUGCUGUCACCAACGCCGCUGCGUCUACUGUUCGAGGUGCGACUCAGAGAAUGGAAGCUAGGAGUUAUCCGGCGGUAUCGGCGCCGAGGCCGCCGAUACCGCCUGUGAGGAGAGCGGAGGUGGUGCAGAACUUCGCGUACUUCUCGAGGCACCGAGCGGGAGGAGUUUCGGAAUCUGGACGGUCUAAUUCGAAGAGCGUGGUGAGGGAAUCGACGGUUGUUGACUCGUGUGAGACUCCAACAGCGAGAAUUUCGGAGACGGCGUUUGCUAGAAGUGCGGAUAACACGUGUGGGACCAUUAACGGCGCUGCUGUAGCAGGCACGGUUUCUAGUGCUCCCUCAAGUAAUAGAGAGACGAUGACGAAUCCUUGUGAGAUGACCUCCACGUCAUCACCUGGUUGCUCGAGUGCUAGCGCUGAGCUGCCGGCUCUGAUGUCUCCAGUGGAAGACCGGAAGCGGAAGGGAAGAGAAGAGGAAGCUGAGUGUCAUAGCGAGGAUGCUGAGUUUGAAUCUGCUGAUGCAAAGAAACGAAUUCGUGGAUCAAUGUCUUCGAAGAGAUCUCGUGCAGCAGAAGUUCACAACCUAUCAGAAAGGAGACGCCGAGAUCGGAUCAAUGAAAAGAUGAGGGCUUUGCAAGAGCUCAUACCUCGUUGCAACAAGUCGGACAAAGCUUCUAUGUUAGAUGAGGCAAUUGAGUACCUGAAAUCGCUUCAGUUGCAAGUACAGAUGAUGUCUAUGGGAUGCAGCAUGGUCCCCAUGAUGUUUCCUGGCUUCCAGCAGUACAUGCCGCCAAUGGGGAUAGGGAUGGGCAUGGGCAUGGAAAUGGGAUUGAGUCGGCCAAUGAUGCCAUUUCCCAAUAUUUUGGCGGGUGCACCCUCAGCAACACCAGCUGCAGCAGCUCAUUUGGUCCCUAGGUUCCCUGUGCCGCCCUUUCAUGUGCCCCCCAUCCCUGCUCCUGAUCCAUCCAGAGUCCAACCAACCAACCAGGUAGAUCCUAUGCUAGGCUCACCAGGUCAACAGAAUCCAAACCAACCACGAGUCCCAAAUUUUGUUGAUCCAUAUCAGCACUAUCUUGGCCUCUACCAGAUGCAUUUACCAGGAGUACCACGGGCCUGAGCUUGUUACUUCAUGGACAUGUCUGGGAACCAAGCUAUGGCUCAGCCAAGUACCAGCAAGCCAAGUACUAGUCGAGUAGCUGAGAAUCCUGGCAAUCACCAGUCAGGUAAGAUGCUCUAUCAUAUAUCUAUCUUCUUACGAUCACCAUUGGAUAUGAUAUAGAAAUAAAUAAACGGAAUAAGUUGAGAUAGGAAUGUAUGUGUUGGUGUCACAGUGCUGUUUUUGGCUUGUGACCGUUGUGUCAUGUCUUGGAUGGCUUAAUUGGUUCUCUUUUAGGUUGUGAUGGGGAAAAAAUGGCUCAAGCUUUUCCUUCAAGUCAGGCUAAAAAACAGGAGUGGAAAAUGGGGAAAGGAAUAAAUGGAGUUAUGCUACGUGGGUGUCCACCUCUAUCUCAAUAGAGCCCUUCUCAAAAGUUGUGCUAACGCGACUGAAAUACAGGAUUUCUCCUAUUCUGUCACCAAUUUUCUUUUCCUUCCCCCCCCCCCCCCCCUUUCCCUCUUUUCUCUUCACUAUUCCUCCCACCAAUCAAAGCCAAAUGAUAUGGAUUUACUACUCGGUUCUGCAUGUUCUCUUUUAUAUUGAAUGAUAUGUGUUGAAGUUAUACUUAAAGAUCAUGGAAUAGAUUCAAUUCAGGAGUUGCAUGAAAGGAUCACUCUUGGUGAGAUUCUGAAUGUUGUCAACCUUUUCCUGAAUCGACAUGAUAUGCUGAUAAUAGAAUCCCUAGUUGGCUAAUGAUUAACAACUCACGGCACUACAUUUUGUAGCUGGUCUUGGCCUCUCAGAUUGGUAGUGCGUUAUGGUAUCAGUUGUGUCUAUGGAUUGCUUGUGGACUGCCCCUCCUCGAGAACAUAUGUAGUAAUGACGGUGCUUCUUGUGCUUAGCAGGUUGAAGUUUUUCCCGAUUACCUUGGAAGGCUCUUGCCUGUUGAGUUUUGUAGUGUAAGAGAGCAACAUUGGAGAGAGCUGUUUUUUUUCCAACUGUCUAAUACAACCAUAACACAGCUAACAUGUAAUUAUUACACUCUAAUAGAAUCCAAUUUUCUCUAA